AAUCAGUGCGAAUGGAAGUGGACGUUAGGUCGACCGAUCGUCCUCCACGCGUCCGGCAGCCGGUGGAUGAGUCGAGGCCCGAAGACGGCCGAAUAUGGCCGAAUAUCGCCGAAGCGACGAACCCUCGGCCCUCGGCACAGCGUCGCCCCACCACAUCCAGUCGUACUGCGAAUGCCACGCUGUGUGCUUCGUAUUCGCGGUAUUUCGGUAUACUUUUCGUUCGUUCCAAUAAAUCGAACCUCGUUGUGUUUAACACGUAAUCAUCGAUGAAAUACGCGUCGUACGAAUCGUCGUUAGACUGACUCGAUACCCCAGGAAAUCCGAGGCUUCUCGUUGUUUCGAUGAUAAUAGUUUUUCGACGGUUAGUUCCGCCACUGUUUAUCGGUUUCGUUUCUCACGUUCUCUAAGCGUAAGCGUGUGCCAACGAGACGUUUGAAGGGCAAAUACCAUACCUAUGAUCGAGGUAAUCGUGUCUCUUUCGCCGUUAAAGAUAAUCUCGAAUUAAGGAGAGUGUGGAAAGUGCGCAAAGCCGAAGGAAUCGCGAUGCGACAGCGCCGGGUGAUGCUCCAUUUGCACCGGCAACGGCAACAGAAAGGACAAGACGUUCGAAGAGCAAGAUAGACGGAAAUAGAAGAUUUCUAAAGGAAGAAGUUGGCUCGUGGUUAGAUAGGAUCGUGGUUAAUUCCGAAACGGUCGGUAGGGGGACGCUGUCAUUGCUGUUCGAACAUUUAAAACUAGCGCGCGUUUUAACGGAACACUCGUGUUCUGAUUGGUGGCAUCGUUUGUUGUUUACCAACGUCAGUGUGCGGUCAAACUGGGAACCUCGAUUGCUCUAAGAAGGAGAGAGGGAGGGAUAAAAAAGGAGAGAAAGAGCCACGAGCGCGUUCCUUGAAGGUAAUAGAGAGAUAGAAAGAGAGAGAGUGUACAGGCGAACGCGUGCUCUCGUGCGAGAUAAAAGAAGAAGAAGAAGAAGAAGAAGAAGGAACGAGUCUAAGAAAGAGAGGUAAGCAAUAACGGGCAAGUGGGUGCACGAGAUGCAUUCCAGAUGGACGAUGACGCCGUACAGUCUGUAAGACUCGCGUGGUUUCUCCAUUGUAUCGCGUUUAUCCGUGAUUGCCGUGUCAGGACGUAUCGACGAUCUUUGGGUGGGUUAUGACGCGCGCUUAACGCGUUGCGUGUGCACGAAUAGAAGCGAGAGCGUGUGUCGAUCCUGUGUACAACAUGGAGUCCGACACGGCGACCGACUGGUCGUCGCCGAGAAAAGGCUCCCUCGAGACAUCGAUGCCGAGGAAAUUCCGCAAGGAUUCCUGUCGAACCGAGGGUGUAACACUCAAUUGGGCGAUGUGCGCCCUCUGUAUUACCAGCUUGGCCGUGUCCGGUCUACUCAUGUACAGGGAACUGGGAUUGGAAUCGAGGAUCGCCAAUUUGGAAACUCGUUGUCAGCUUCAAGAAACGCCGGACGUUCUUAUCCAGAGGCUGAAGAGGGAAGUUCAGGAACAGUUGGAGGUGCAGCGGUCUGCGUUGGAGACGAGCGUGUUUCGGAUCAAACGAGACGUUUCGGAGUGCAACUGUCCACCAGGUCCUCCCGGUGAGCCUGGAAAACGAGGGAAAAAAGGGAAAAAGGGCGACCCUGGGGAACCAGGCCCGCAGGGUGUGGCCGGGACGCCGGGCAAGAACGGUUUUCCGGGACCUAUUGGGUUAGAUGGACCAAAAGGUGAGCCGGGGCGACCGGGGGAGAAAGGGCAGAAAGGAGAGCUUGGCAGCCCGGGCUUCGACGUCUUUUCCGCAGUAAAGGUCAAUGCACAGGGAUUAGGGUUAAAGAGGUCGGUGACGACGCUCCGCGGCGGGACGCUUGGCUAUGCGGAAAUCGUCGCUCUGAAGGGACUUCAGGAGCAAGGGCAUAAUAUCUCAGCGCAGACCAUCAUACAACUGAAAGGAGAGCCAGGCGAGCCUGGGCCACCGGGUCCACCCGGUCCUCCGGGUGCCGAGGGUCUUCCCGGCCACGAGGGAAGGCAAGGAGCGCCGGGCGACGUUGGACCGCCGGGUGAAAAGGGAACACCGGGAUCGGCCGGGCCGAUCGGCCCACCUGGUACACCGGGACUUCCGGGUCCUAAGGGUGACAAGGGUGAUAGAGGCGACCGAGGUAUAACAACGUCUUUGAACGGGGAACCAUUUGCAACUGGAGUAUUCGAAGGACCCCCUGGUCCACCAGGACCACCUGGGCCCCAGGGCGAGAAGGGGGAGCUGGGUCCGACGGGACCACCCGGUCUGCCGGGAGAGAAGGGUGCCCGGGGAAAGCAAGGGAAGAGGGGUUUCAAGGGUGAGAGCGGUGUGGCAUUGAUGAGAGGCCCACCCGGUCUACCGGGUCCAAAGGGUGAUCCCGGGGAACGGGGUUACCGAGGCGAUAAAGGAACCAAGGGAGACACGGGCUCACCAGGACCAAAGGGAGAGCAAGGACAUCCUGGUUUACCUGGGCUCAAUGGAACGGAUGGGGAGACUGGUAUACAGGGUCCUCCAGGAUUGCCAGGAAUUUCUGGGCCCAAAGGUGAAAAAGGUGACUACGGAGAUAUCGGACCUCCAGGACUUAUGGGGCCACCAGGUUUGCCUGGUCCACCGGGUUAUCCAGGGUUGAAAGGUGAAAAAGGGGAGAAAGGUGAAUCGAAAUACAAGAAACUUAGGAGAAGGCAGGGAGACGGCACGUUUGAAGUAAACGCUGGUGAAGUGAUAAUGGGACCACCGGGACCACCAGGCCCAGCUGGUACUCCUGGCCUCCAAGGUCCACCUGGCAUAAAAGGCGACCGAGGACACGAUGGUGCCAAAGGCGAUCCUGGAGAGAAGGGUGCGAAAGGAGAUCCUGGUCCAAUGGGACUACCCGGCCCCAUGGGACUGAGAGGAGAGUCCGGAAAACCCGGGGAUGCCGGGAAACCUGGUGCCAUGGGGCCACCAGGAUUAGACGGCAUGAAGGGUGCGCAAGGAGAACCAGGGACAAAGGGAGAAAGAGGGGAUCCUGGCCUACCUGGUACCGAUGGAAUUCCUGGCGCGGAGGGACCGAAGGGAGAGAAAGGUGCUAAAGGCGAAUCUGGACCGCCGGGGAAACGGGGUAGGAAAGGCGACAAAGGCAACAAAGGAGAUCAGGGUGUACCCGGCCUCGAUGCUCCCUGUCCAUUAGGGGCCGACGGACUUCCGCUGGCAGGAUGCGGUUGGAGGCCACCCCAGCAGGACAUCACUAGCACCUCGAUACCAGCUGUCGAAGGUCCUGAACCUGCAGAAACGGAUUACGAGGAGCCGGAAGAGGAAUACGAGGAGUAUACGGAUCCGAAUGGAAAUCUAGCCGAGCAAUAAUUGCUCGUUGUGCGCUGCCCUAAUCACUACCAACAACUACCACCACUACUACCACUACCAUCACCACUACAACCACCAAAACCACCACAGCCAUCGCCCUCAUCACUCGUCUCACCUUGCUCUCCCAAACUAACGUGGUCCUGAGAAGAAGGAAUAUUCUUCACGAUUGGCUAGAAGAGGAAGCGCAAAAGGAAGAAGGGCAGUGAUACAAACGCAUUAAAAGAAGAAGAUAGUACAUAUUUUCGAGGACCUCUGUGUAUACUCCAUACGUAAAAAAAAAAAAAGGAAAAAAAGAAAAACAAAAAAA